AGAAAGAAAGAAAGAAAGAAAGCGAGGGAGGGGAGAAUGAAGCGGCGCAAUGCGGACUGCAGCAAGCUCCGUCGGCCGGUAAAGCGGAGCCGUAUCGCCGAGGGAAUUCACGGCAGUACUUUCCUCUACCUGAAGUUCCUGCUCGUGUGGGCCCUGGUGCUGCUGGCAGACUUUGUCCUGGAGUUUCGCUUCGAGUACUUGUGGCCUUUCUGGCUCUUUAUCAGGAGUGUGUACGACUCCUUCAGGUACCAGGGACUGGCGUUCUCUGUGUUUUUCGUGUGCGUCACGUUUACAUCAGACAUCAUCUGCCUGCUGUUCAUCCCUAUGCAAUGGCUGUUUUUCGCCGCCAGCACUUACGUCUGGGUACAAUACGUCUGGCACACAGAGCGAGGUGUGUGUCUGCCCACGGUCUCUCUAUGGAUCCUCUUCGUCUACAUCGAAGCCGCCAUCCGAUUCAAAGACCUGAAAAAUUUUCACGUGGGCCUGUGCCGUCCGUUUGCUGCUCACUGCAUCGGCUACCCGGUGGUGACGCUCGGUUUCGGCUUUAAGAGCUACGUGAGCUAUAAGAUGCGCCUACGGAAGCAGCAGGAGGUGCAGAAGGAGAACGAGUUCUACAUGCAGCUCCUGCAGCAGACUCUGCCUCUGGAACAGCAGAUGCUCCAGAGGCAGGAGAGGGAAGCAGAGGAAGGAGCCCCUAAAUCCAUGCUGGAAGCAGAUCCGACGCUUUUGGCACAGAACGGCACCAAGAAGCUGCCCAUCUCUUUCCCCGAGCUGGAGCAGCGGGCUAAGAAACCGCACCAGCACAGCAUCGGAAUCAACAACAACAUCCUUCACAGUGUGGAGUCGAAGCUGCAGGACAUUGAGUACAUGGAGAACUACCUGAGCAGCAAGAGACUGAACAACGAGCUGAACGGGUGCAUGGAGGACGUGGGUGGUGCAGAUGCAGGCUCCGCCUUCUCCUCCUCCUCCUGUUCCAGACAUUACAAAAAUUCCUCCCCACGCAGCCACAGCUCCACCAAUGGCAGUGUGCCAUCCUCGUCCAAUAGAAGCGAGAAGAAGCAGAAGGGCAUAGGGAAGAAUGCUCAUCGAGAGCUGAUGGAGAACUGUAUACCCAACAACCAGCUCAGUAAACCAGACACUUUAGUGCGUCUGGAACAGGACGUAAAGAAGCUGAAGGCGGAUCUGCAGGCGAGUCGCCAGCUGGAGCAGGAGCUGCGCUCUCAGAUCAGCUCUCUGAACAGCACCGAGAGGAACACUCGGUCUGAGCUCAGCCAGCUCCGGCAUGAGAAUGAGCUGCUCCAGAACAAACUUCAUAACGCAGUGCAGUCCAAGCAGAAAGACAAGCAGACCAUCGCUCAGCUGGAGAAGCGGCUGAAGUCCGAGCAGGAGGCCCGGACGGUGGCUGAAAAGCAGCUGAACGAUGAGAAAAAGAGGAAAAAGGUAGAAGAGGCAACAGUCGCCCGGGCUGUUGCUCUGACCGCUGCGUCCAGAGGGGAGUGUCCAGAUUCUCUGAGGAGUCGAGUUCGAGAGCUGGAAUCCGAAUGUAAGAAGCUUUCCCUCGACCUCAAGUUCAAAGAGGAGCAGGUCCGAGAGCUAGAGGGCAAAGUGCAGGAAUUGCACAAGUACAAAGAGAACGAGAAGGACACAGAGGUCCUCAUGUCAGCACUGUCGGCCAUGCAGGAUAAAACGCAGCACCUGGAGAACAGCCUGAGUGCCGAGACCAGGAUCAAGCUGGAUCUCUUCUCAGCACUAGGAGAUGCCAAAAGGCAGCUUGAGAUUGCACAAGGUCAGAUCUUGCAGAAGGAGCAGGAGAUCAAGGAGCUGAAGCAAAAGAUAGCAGAGGUCAUGGCCGUCAUGCCCAGCAUCAACUAUUCAUCUGACUCCAACAGCAUGCCUCCUAUUUCACCUCACUACUCGUCAAAGUUUAUGGACACGAGUCCAUCCAGCCUGGACCCCAAUGCGUCUGUGUACCAGCCGCUUCAAAAAUGACCCCCUGCCUUUUUUUUUCUUCUUCUUCUCCCCCCCCUUUUACUGAAUUGACCAGGUUCAGUACAAAGACCUUUUUGAGCGUUUUUAUUAUUUUUUUUUUUUUUCCAAUUUAUUUCCUCCACCUCUUACUGAUUUGACCAGGUUCAGUACUAUGACCUUUUUAUUUUAUUUUAUUUUAUUUUUUUAU